CUGUUGGCGGGUAGUCGGAGACGCGGUGAUUGCUGAAGCUGUGCUGCAGUAGCUAUUGUAUUAUUUAGCAUAUAGCCUUUGGUGGACAAAGAGCCCAAACACUAAUGAACAUUGAGUAUUAUUUUGCCACAAAUAUUAUUGCCCGAACACUUAUUAACUUAAAACAGAUCCGAAAUUAUCGUGGUUUCAUUGACCCUGCAAGAAGCUAACGCAAGAUUUCUAACGCGUUUGUCGUUGCACGUCGAGAUGGCAACCAUAGCAGCAAAGAAGGACAAUGCAGAGGAGGAGGAGCAGCAGCAGCAGCAGCAGCCAGUAGUUGUGGCCGAAACUCCAACGGCACCAACAGAAGCCACUGCACCACCACCAGAGGAGGAAGAAGAAGAAGAAUAUGUGGUGGAAAAGGUUUUGGAUCGUAGAAUUGUGAAGGGCAAAGUGGAGUUUCUGCUGAAAUGGAAGGGUUUCUCAAAUGAGGACAAUACAUGGGAGCCAGAAGACAAUUUGGACUGCCCUGACCUCAUUGCCGAAUUCAUGCGAAAGUACAAAGAGAAGGAAGACAAAAAGAAGGAGGGCAAAAGAAAAGGUGAUGCAGUAGGAUCAGAGGAGCGAGGGAGCAAGAGGAAGAAGGAUGAGGGUGAGAAAGUCCGAGGUUUUGGGAGAGGUCUACAGCCAGAAAGAAUUAUUGGUGCAACCGAUUCAAGUGGCGAGCUGAUGUUCCUGAUGAAAUGGAAGAACUCUGAUGAGGCAGAUCUUGUCCCAGCCAAAGAAGCCAAUGUCUCCUGUCCCCAGGUGGUCAUCUCUUUCUACGAGGAGCGCCUCACCUGGCACUCUUAUCCCACAGAGGAAGAGGAGAAGAAGGAAGAAGAGAAAAAGGACUAGAUAAGUGGACGAGGAAGAGGAGGUGCAGGGUUGAAAUGGAAUUCCAGUACAUACACAUGUAGAGCUUAGUUUACUGUAACAUACACUUAUAAAGUGGAAAGGGGGUUUGAGGAGAGGGUUAUGUUUCUUUGUGUGUGGGUGGUGGUGGGUGUAGGAUUUCCUGUGACGUGAGGAUGCAAACAUCAGUUAUAUCAAAUUUUUAAAAGUGUCAACCAUGAAUUUGUCUGAAACGAUUCUACUUUCUUGCCAUAAGUUAAGCCACAGUGGUUUUAUGUCUGUUUUGUUUUGUAGGUCUUACUCAAUAGUCCAUGUUGACUGGAGUCUAGCAAGCAAUUUGGUGUCUUUACUGAAAUAGUGAAAAUGUAAAAGGCAGACAGUGUUUUGCAAUAGCCGUGAAAGUUGAGCAAUUCAACAAAGCAAACAAUUAGGGGGCCCAAAUAAUUCUGUUUUCUCUAUUGCCACCUGCUACUCUGCCCUGUCCUUGUACGCCACAACUCGUCUUUAGCGAUUAUCUUUGUCAUUGACAAUUGUACAUUUAGCAAGCUAUUUGCGAUUACGUCUUCUAGACGAACUCUACUAUAUACGUCAGCCAGUACAGUAGUGGUACAAUCAUAUUUGUUGGAGAAGUUGCUUUUGCUUGCGCCAAGAUAUGCGACCGUAGUUGGUUCUUACACAAAAGGCUAUUUUAAACUAUUUCAUUGACCUGUUUUAAGAUAAAGUAUGCUUACAUAUUUCUUUAAGCAAAGUCCCAAACACUGAUAUUCAAUACACUGCAAAAAAUCAACUUGCCAAGAAUGUUCUAGUAAAAACAUCUUAACACACUUAAAAUAAGAUCAAAUCCUUCAAAAAGUAUCAGCUCAGUUAGAUAUAAAACUUAUUGUAAGACAGUUUUUACUGUUUGUUUUGUUACAAGCAAGAAACUUAUGAACAUGCCAGGGUUUUAUUUGCCAAACUGUUGUCGCAAAGGGCACAUUUGAAUUGAGGUGCAAGAGUUGUGUUACGUUCUCUCCCAUUAAUCUUAAAAUCAACACUUUGUCAGCCUCCUCAUUAAGUUUUAAGCUUAAUCUGCUUUUCCAAUGUAUUGUUCGCAAACAUUUGUGGCUAAACUCGUUCACUCCCAGACAUGUCAUACCAGUCUUUCGAUCACCACAGAACAUUGUCUUCUAUGGCUACAUGAGCACAGAAUUGAGAAAAGGCUAAAUUCUCAUCUUUCAUCAUUAAAAAAAUGGUUGUUUCUACUCUAUAGUAAUGAGUAUUGGAACAUCAUAAACAUCAUUGUUUCUACAUCGUUGGUCGUGAAUGAUAAUUGACAAGAGGGAUGACAUUGAUGGUUUUUAUGAGGCUUCAAGGUGCUGAAAUACUGCACCAAAUGACUUUAAAAUGAUAGCAGGCCAUAUUUCAGUUCCAACUCCGGCCUUUCAAUUGUUUCUCCAUGAGACUUAAAAGUUUGCCAUCAAAUGUCAUUUUACAAUUAAGGAAACUACUGAAACUUUGCAAAUGUCACUGUGUUGCGUGUUGAUCAAUUUGUGAAUUUGAUUUAGUUUUGCGCAGGUUUGCAUCAAUAUAUGAGCUGGAUAAACCUUUACGAAAAGUCAGUUAUGGCUAAUUCCUGACCGAAUUAUUAAAUAGAUUUUUUUGUAGGCCCCGCAUUUGAAGUGCCAUUUAUUUUUAAGCCAUUUCAGGAAAGACAAAUAACAGAAAAUGCAGUCAGAAAAAGCUAAACCAUUCAAUUCGAUGUCUGUGCUUUUUACCUAUUUAUAAAACAUUGUUAUUGCUAUAAUUCAUAGGGUUGGACACGCACUCGACCCAUCUUUCAUCAGUAAAGGAUUGCAAAAUAUAUGCGCAUUUAAAAGGUUUUCUAUAAUGUAGUACGAAUACCUCUACAAUUACCUGGCGACAUCAAUUUGAGUAAAAUGUACAAAAGUAUCGUGUAGAACAUGCCAUUGGGGCUUUAAGAAUUCAUUGACUUUUAAUACCCAAUCAAUGAGUUGAUGUUAGUUGCAGUUUUUAAAUGUACAAGGUUUAGAAUGAACUCAAACUAUUUACAGUAAAAGACAGAAGGUGGGUUCUGUGUUUUUGUUCUUGAAAGUUUUUUUUUUUUUUUUUGCAAAUCUAUGCUGUAAAUCAGUAUUAUUUCCAAACUGUCAAUUGUGAUUCAUUUUGUCCUGUUUUCUUUAUUCAUUCACUUAGUAUAGUUAAUAUGCAUGUACCUUGCAAUUUCACGAUUAUUGGCUGAUCCACUUUAAACUGUUGAACAAUAAAGUUUUUAAUUUUCUUAACUGUGUAUUUUGUGUUUUAUAUCUGCCACACUGCACAUCAAUGUACAGUGCUGGCCAAAAAUAUUGGCACCCCAGCAAUUCUGUCAGAUAAUGCUAAAUUUCUCCCAGAAAAUGAUUGCAAUUACAAAUGCUUUGGUAGUAAUAUCUUCAUUUAUUUUGCUUGCAAUG